AUGGGCCACCUGCUCUCGAGGGAGGGAACCAGCCUGAGCCGGGAGAGGAGUCGCCUCCGCGGGAGGAAGGUGCCGCCGCGGAGCCGGAGCUGUUUCCUGCGCGGGCCCUGCAUGCUCUGCUUCAUCGUGCACGGCGCCAGCCCGCCCGCCCCGGAGCAGCCUCUGCCCGGCCGGGACUCGCCGCCUCUCUGCGCGGCCCUGAGUUCCCCGGAGCAGCGCGCCGCCCGCCGCCUCCUGCACCUCUCGCCCGCCGCCUGGGAGCAGCGGGGCCCGUGCCAGCGCCUGCUCCUCUCGCGCCUGCUGCCCCCGCCCGUGCGGGCCUUCCUGGGCUCGGCGCGGCCGCCCGGCGAGCCGCCGGCCCCCGACAUGGUGUGUAAGCGCAAAGGGGCCGGCCUGCCCGCCUGCCCCCCCUGCAAGCAGCCCCGUUGCGGCGCCGCAGCCCCGCCGGAGCCGGAGGCUGCCGCUUGCCAGUGCCCGAGCGAGCAACAGCUCUGUCCCCUCCCCUGCGCCUCGGACCGCGCUGCUGGCGGCGGGGGGCCGCUACCCGGGGCCCCUGCCGGGGAAAGUGGCGGCGUGGGGGAACUGGCCGCUGAACUGCCGCCGCAGGAGGAGGAGGAGGAAGGCAACGAGCCUGACCGCCAGGAGCCGCUGGAGAACCCCAGCGAGUGCUGCCGAGAGUCGCUGCAGCCGCCGCCCCCUGACAUCAACCAGCUGCCGCCCUCCAUCCUUCUCAAGGAGCCAGCUUGCUUUGCAGAAGGCUUGAUUGGAUCACUUUCUAUUGCAAACCCAGGAGGUUCUUUGACAGUGUGCUUGCAGAUAUUUUCCAAUUUAUCCUUGAAUGAGCGCUGCCUUUCAGCAUCGUUAGUUUGUAAAUACUGGCGUGACCUCUGUUUAGACUUCCAGUUCUGGAAGCAGCUGGAUCUCAGUAAUCGUCAGCAGGUCACUGAUGAAUUACUGGAAAAAAUUGCAUCAAGAAGCCAGAACAUAUCUGAAAUCAAUAUUUCUGAUUGUCGCAAUGUGUCUGAUACAGGAGUGUGUGUGCUAGCAUUUAAAUGUCCUGGACUUCUAAGGUAUACUGCCUACAGAUGUAAACAACUUUCGGACACAUCUAUCAUUGCAGUUGCCUCCCAAUGUCCUCUACUUCAGAAAGUACAUGUAGGCAAUCAAGACAGGCUCACUGAUCAAGGACUCAAACAGCUGGGCUCAAAGUGCAAAGAACUGAAAGACAUUCAUUUUGGCCAGUGUUACAAGAUCUCAGAUGAAGGAAUGAUCAUUAUAGCUAAAGGAUGUCUGAAGUUGCAAAGAAUAUACAUGCAGGAAAACAAAUUAGUGACCGAUCACUCGGUAAAAGCAUUUGCUGAACACUGUCCUGAGCUGCAGUAUGUUGGGUUUAUGGGCUGCUCUGUUACAUCUAAAGGAGUCAUUCACCUCACCAAUCUAAGAAACCUUUCCAGCCUGGAUCUACGUCAUAUCACAGAACUGGAUAAUGAAACUGUGAUGGAAAUAGUGAAGAGAUGCAAAAACCUUAGCUCCCUCAAUCUCUGUCUGAACUGGAUCAUUAAUGACAGAUGUGUGGAGGUCAUUGCUAAAGAAGGACAGAACCUGAAAGAGCUGUAUUUGGUAUCCUGUAAGAUUACCGACUAUGCCCUGAUAGCCAUUGGACGAUACAGCAUGACAAUAGAGACAGUGGAUGUUGGAUGGUGUAAAGAAAUUACAGACCAGGGAGCCACCCAAAUUGCACAAAGCAGCAAGUCUCUCAGAUAUUUAGGGCUGAUGAGAUGCGAUAAGGUGAAUGAAGCAACAGUGGAACAGCUCGUGCAGCAAUAUCCACACAUAACCUUCAGUACUGUACUGCAAGAUUGCAAGAGGACCUUGGAACGGGCUUAUCAAAUGGGCUGGACACCCAGUAUGUCUUCUGCUUCAUAA